UCUGCCUCACCCUUGACUAGUGAACCCGUCAGUGAACCCGCGGUGUGACCUGUGUGAUGAGAGAAGUAGUAAUAACAACACAUAACAAAGUACUUACGAUCGAGCACACUACUCAUCUAUAUACAGCUACUGAGUCCCGAGAUUCAGAGAGCCCAGCGCUCACCGGAGCCAGAAGACUUGGCAGAACACAAUGCCACGUGUUCAUAUUGACGUGGUGCAGUGUGGAUUCAGCGAGGAUCGUUCUCAGAGUUCACAUAAGUCGCACAAGGGCGUUGUCGUGGACGCGUAAUACGCCGUCCUCUGUCCUCUCCCUACACAUCCAUCAUGACUGGAACACUGAGCAUCAGAAUAGCUAUCAUGGGACCCUCUGGAAGUGGCAAGACGACAUUCAUCAAUGAGGCCAGCGGAUCUGACUUUGCAAUCGGAAAAGGUCUCGAGAGUUGCACCAGUGAGGUGCAAGCAACGAACCCCUUCAAACUCAACGGCCGGGAAGUGACAUUGAUUGACACUCCCGGCUUCGACGAUACCAGCCGCAGUGAUACGGACAUCUUGGCGAUGAUAGGAGCAUACCUCUCGCAGACAUAUGAACACGGUGCCAAACUUGCUGGCAUCAUCUACAUGCACCGCAUAUCAGAUUUCCGGAUGGGAGGAACAAACAAACGGAAUUUCAAGAUGUUCCGAGAACUCUGUGGGGAGUCCACUCUGCGAAACGUGUUGAUCGUGACAAAUAUGUGGAGUGAAGUUUCUUCUGAGCUUGGGGAGAUGAGGGAGAAGGAGCUAGAGAAUAAUUUUUUCAAAGGAAUCCUCGACAAGGGCGCGCGGAUGUUGAGACAUGAAGGCACGCGAGAAUCGACGCACCGCACCCUACGAUACCUGGUCCAUAACCAACCCGCCACGCUCCUCAUUCAAAAGGAGCUCGUGAACGAGCACAAGAAUAUCAUACAGACAUCUGCAGGAUCUGAGCUGACGCGAGUUCUGAAUGAGCAACGAGAGCGCCACGAAGAAGUAGUGGCUCAGUUGCGCAAGGACAUGGAGGCAGCGAUCCGAGAUAAGGACCACGAAACGAGGGAGGAACUUAAGGAUGAGAUCCGGACCAAGCACGAACAGAUCCUGAAGUUGCAAGGCGAAAACGAGCGGCUAGAGGCAGAGUUCAAAGCUGCCAAGGAGAGGCGUAGAUGCCUUGAAAGAACAGCUGGAGACGGAGAGAAAGGAUAGGGAGAAGCUGGUCAUCGAACAGGAACAGAAGGAACAGCGCCUGUGUCGCCUGGAAGAAGACAACGCAAAAGCUCAGGAAUUGGAGCGCCUAAAUAGCGUCCGCGAACUGAAUAGACUUGCCGCUGUUCGUGCUGAGCUCCAGGAAGAGCUUCGCAAGGAAGAGCAGCAGAGCAUAAAGGAGUCGCAAGUCGGAGGUGGCGGGCUAAUAGAGGAUGUGAUCACCUGGGUGAGGUCGUGGUGGUCAUGAUGUG